UAAAGCCGAUAACGAGCCAGCUGGCGGCGGCAGUGCCGUCGUUUACGUGGAGGUACGACCUUUGCGAGAGUUCGCUCUCGCUGGUGGGGCUCGUGCCGGAUCGCUCCUGGAAGGUCAGAGGCUGUCCUGGGGAUUAAAUCACCGCUCGCGGCACGGAAAACUCGGAGGUGCCCGCGUGUCCCCGAGGAACACUCCGAAGAGUGGCGAAACACGAGGGAGGGUGAAAAGAACAACAACAAAAAAAAAAGGAAAACAAACAUGCCGUGAACCUCGCCAGGUGACAAUGCGUACGACCCGAUGAAGUCGACGGUGCUCAUAGCGCGUGCGGCUUUCGAUCGCAUGCGACCAACACCGUAGACACUUUGUCGUCAUCGUCGUCGUGUCUUUGCCGUGCGUGUGCAUGUGUGCGGUGCGCGGUGGUGAGCGCCCGUGACCGUGUUGUACCUGAUCCAGUGAUACCUCCUGACCCAGCUUCUACCUGAUCCAGGUGCCCGACACCUGGACCCAUCACGAUGACCACGAGGGAACUCUACGUAAAGGACGCCCGAGUAUGGGUACCGCAUCCGGAGAAGGUGUGGGAAGGCGCCGUGCUCUUGGAGAACUACAGGCAGAAUCCGCCGACGUUGAAAGUGCGCACGGAAGAGUCGAAACAGACGAGGAUAUUGGAGAUCAAAUCGGACAACGAUCUCCCGCCGCUCCGAAAUCCCGACAUUCUGAUCGGAGAAAACAAUCUCACGUCGCUGUCGUUCCUUCACGAGCCCGCUGUCCUCUACAAUCUCCAGAUUCGCUUCCAACGGCAUUCCAUUUACACCUACUGCGGCAUUGUCCUGGUAGCCUUCAACCCGUACAACGAAUUGCCCAUCUACGGCAAUGACACGAUAUGGGCCUAUAGGGGCCAGGCGAUGGGCGACCUGGAACCCCACAUAUUCGCCGUGGCCGAGGAAGCCUAUACGAAGUUGGAGAGAGAGAAUCAUGACCAGUCGAUUAUCGUCUCCGGCGAAUCGGGCGCCGGCAAAACGGUCUCCGCGAAGUAUACCAUGCGGUAUUUCGCGACUGUCGGCGGAUCGGCGACGGAAACGCAAGUCGAGAAGAAGGUCCUCGCCUCUUCGCCUAUCAUGGAGGCGAUCGGUAAUGCGAAGACUACCAGGAACGACAAUUCCUCUAGAUUCGGAAAGUUUAUCGAGAUCCAGUUCAAUAAGAGCUAUCACAUCACCGGCGCGAGCAUGAGGACCUACCUGUUGGAGAAGUCGCGGGUGGUGUUCCAAGCGAAUGAGGAGCGAAACUAUCAUAUCUUUUAUCAGAUGUGUUCGGCGGCGAAGCGUCUUCCCCAGUUGCACCUGUCCGACCAAAAUCAAUUCCACUAUCUUAAUCAGGGCAACAACCCCAGGAUCGACGGCGUGGACGAUCUCGCGUACUUUGAUGAGACGAUAAAUGCUCUGACGAUGCUCGGCUUUACGUCCAAACAGCAGGACGACAUGCUGCGGAUCCUGGCGGGCAUCCUACAUCUAGGUAACGUAAAUAUAAGCAGUUGCGUGAGCAAGGACGCAAAGGACGGCGAGGUGGAUACCGAGUCCAGCUACAUUUCGCCGUCGGAUCGGCAUCUACUCAUUCUUUCCGAGCUGCUGGGCGUCGAGGUGAACGCGAUGCGCAAGUGGCUGUGCCAUCGGAAGAUCGUCUCGACACGAGAGGUCUUUCUGAAGCCCAUGACCGUGGAGCAGGCGAACGGGGCGCGGGACGCCUUGGCCAAGCAUAUCUAUGCCGAGCUCUUCAACUGGAUCGUGACCAACAUCAACAGCUCACUGCAGUCACCCAGUCAGCCGCACUGUUUCAUCGGCGUACUGGACAUUUACGGCUUCGAAACGUUUGAGAUAAACUCGUUUGAACAGUUCUGCAUCAACUACGCGAACGAGAAGCUCCAACAGCAGUUUAAUCAGCACGUCUUCAAGCUGGAGCAGGAGGAAUAUCUGAAAGAGGACAUCGAGUGGACCUUCAUCGAUUUCUACGACAAUCAGCCGUGCAUCGACCUGAUCGAGACCAAACUCGGCAUUCUCGACCUCCUCGACGAGGAGUGCCGCAUGCCGAAGGGUUCGGACGCCUCCUGGGCGGAGAAGUUGUACACCAAGUGCAUCAAGUCUAAGCACUUCGAAAAACCGCGAUUCGGCACUACAGCCUUUCUGAUCUAUCACUUCGCCGAUCUCGUGCAAUACGAAACCGUGGGCUUCCUGGAGAAGAAUCGCGAUACCGUAAUCGAGGAGCAAGUGGACGUGCUAAGAAGCGGCGAGAACAAAUUGCUGAGAAGGCUGUUCAGUGACGAGGACCCGAAGUUGACAGUGCCGCACACGAGAGUGAAAGUGUCCGCUCAGAAGAGCGCGCCGAUGAGCGCAGCCAACAAGCAGAAUAAAAAGACAGUCGGCUCGCAGUUCCGUGACUCCCUCAACAUGCUGAUGGCUACACUGAACGCAACGACGCCGCACUACGUGCGCUGCAUCAAGCCGAACGACGAGAAGGAGGCCUUCGAGUACAGUCCGGUGCGUGCGGUGCAACAGCUGCGCGCUUGCGGCGUUCUAGAGACCAUCAGGAUCUCCGCCGCGGGCUUCCCAAGUCAGCGUACGUACGGCGACUUCUUCCAGAGGUACCGCUGCCUCUGCAGGUUCAAGGAGAUACGGCGGGAUGAUCUGAAGGAGACUUGCCGGCGCAUCCUGGCCAGAUACAUCAACGACGAGGACAAGUUCAAGUUUGGCAAGACCAAGGUGCUUUUCAGGGCCGGUCAAGUGGCGUAUCUGGAGAAGUUACGGGCGGAGAAACAGCGCGAUGCUUGUAUAAUGAUUCAGAAGACUGUGCGCGGUUUGAUCCAGCGUAACAGGUAUAGGAAAAUCCGUAGAUCGAUUCUGGGCAUUCAGAGAUACGGCAGGGGUUACAUCGCCCGGAAAAAGGCAGAGGCUGUGAGGAGGGAGAGAGCGGCGGUGAAGAUUCAGGUGCAUGUGAAGGGCUGGCUGCAGAGACGAUGGUAUUUGCAGUUAAAACGCACGAUUCUCGGCCUGCAGACGCGCGGCAGGGGUAACAUAGCUCGCGCCAGGUACAGGAUGAUGAAGGACCACGCCGCCGCGACGGUGAUCCAGAGAUUCGCUCGUGGAUAUCUCGUGAGGAUGGCAUGCAAGAAGAAACUCAGGGACAUAGUAAUCGUACAGUCGUGCAUCAGGAAACGCCAGGCGAAGAAGAUCUUUAGGCAACUGAAGGCCGAGGCCAGAAGCGUGGAGCACGUCAAGUCGCUCAACAAAGGAUUGGAAAUGAAGAUUAUAACGUUGCAACAAAAGAUAAACGAGAUGGCGAAGGAGAAUCAACACUUGAAGAACGUUCAACACGAGAUGGUAGAUUUGAAGUGCAAGCUAGACAGCUUGAAAUCUGUCGACGUUGAGAAUAAAAAAUUGAACGGAAUGGUGCAAGACAAAGAGAGAGAGUUGAAAAAGAUGGAGGAAAUUCUACAGCGGGAGAAAGACGAGAAGAUGGAUAUAUUGCAUGAUAAAGAGAGAACUGGUCUACAGAAGGACGAGGAGAACAAGAAGCUGCAGGAAGAGAAUGAAAGAUUGCGAAAGGAACUCUCGAUAGCGACCGAGAAAUUGAAGAGCAACCAGCGCGGUGCUGAGGAGAACCUGAAGUAUCGACUCGAGCAGGAGAAAGACCUGCUUAUGCUGGAACAGGAUCAGGAUCGCGGAGCUUACCAAAGACUGCUCAAGGAAUAUCAUGAGCUGGAGCAGUACGUGGAAAUGCUGGAACAAAAGAUUGCGUCGAUUCAAGGAGUGCUCGGGCACUCGCGCUCCUUGAGCAAUGCUUCCAGCGGCAAUGGCCAAGUCACGUCGGCAGAAAAUCUUCCACACGAUGAUCAAAACAUCGAUUUCGGUUACGGUUCCGUGAGAUCAACAGCUUCCUCGUCGACGCCCUACUCGCGAGUGGAAACGAUCGACUGGAGUCAACAGCGGUCGGAUAGCCCACCCGACGGAGAAGUUCAACCCAACAAAUCGUCUUCGGAGGCCGAGGCCAGGCCCGCACCCACACACGCUCCCGUAGACAUCGGUCUCGUGUUGAAGCUGCAACAGAAACUGAAAGACGUCGAGAAAGAGAAAGGCAGACUUAUCCGAAUGGUCGAGGAUUUGGAACGCGACAGUAACGAGGAGUCUACCAGGACGCAAGAUUCGUUUAGA